AUGAUUCGGAAGUGUUCGCGCGUGGCAGUCAUCGGUGCUGGUCCAGCAGCAGCAAUUGCCACAGAUGCCCUGGUCAAAGAGCAAGCGUUCGACACAAUCCGAGUAUUUGAGAGAAAGGGAAUUGCAGGUGGCACUUGGGUGUAUGGUUCUGAGCAUUCGCCAAAGAUACCUUCACUUCGUGCGCUUCUAGAGCACAAUGCAGACCAGCCCGUGCUCAUUCCUGCUUCUUUUCCGUCCGAGACCGACAGGUCCGAGUCGAUCAACUCGCACCAGCUACGCUACUCGGAUACAGGUAUCCACCAGUACCUUCAUAGUAACCUUCCGCCUCAGACUAUGUGUUUUACCAAGGAGCCAAUUCCGGAAAUUCUGUCAGAACGCACGUUGGCACAAUAUGGUAGCAAUGCUCCCUUUCGUCACAGAGAAGUCAUCCGUGGAUGGGUAGAAGAUAUCUUCGUUCGUGGCGGCACACUCGAGCUUAUUGAGUUCAAUACGACUGUCGAGCGUGCCGAAAAGAAAGGACAUGAGUGGAUACUGACUUUACGGAAGGAAACACCAGGCAGCAAGAAGAACUAUUGGUGGCAGGAAGUGUUCGACGCACUGGUCGUUGCAACUGGCCAUUUCUCUCUUCCCUACGUGCCUAGUAUUCCGGGACUUGCAGAAUACGACGAGAAAUAUCCUGGAAGUAUCAAGCACAGUAAACAUUUCCGGUCGGUGGAUGAGUUCCGGGGUAAGCUGGAAUACUGUAUCUUACGUAUCAAUUUCCAGAAAGUCAUCAUAGUAGGCGGAUCUGUCUCAGCAUUCGAUGCACUACACGAAAUUCGAUUAGUGGCACAGCAUCCCGUGAUAUCCUCCCUGAAGGAGCCUAUACCAGCUUUUGGCUGGGGUGCCUUCACACACCCACAUGUUGCCAUCAAGCCGCCAAUUGCCAGGUUCCAUCAGGACGGACGAAUCGACUUCUGUGAUGGUUCAUCUGUCGAGCGUGUCGACAUCGUCCUUUUUGCCACAGGCUACGACUACAGUUUUCCAUUCUUACCAGAGCAUGUGUUUGACAUCGAAGAUCAGACACUGGCAUUUAUUGGAAUGGUUUCGGGCGGCCUGACCUUCCGUGUGUUUGAAUGGCAGGCCGUAGCAGUGGCUCGGCUAUUAGCAGCACGAGCUAGACUACCUGUACGACACCUGAUGCAAAGAUGGGAACUUGCCCGGCUCGCCUCUCGAGGGGACGAGGUGCAGUUCUUCGAUAUCUCGUCGGACUUCGAGGAGUAUUUCGAGGGCCUUAGGCGCUUUGCGGGAGAGCCAGCCGCCGGUUCCAUUGGCAGAACUCUGCCCAAGUACGAUCCAAAAUGGAAAGACGCAUUUUUAGAGGUGGUAGUCAAAGCGAGACUGCAAUGGUGGGAUCAGGAGAGGCGUAAAGCGGAGGAGCAGAUACGAGUGUUAGAAGAUCGACGAAAGGCGGAUAAGGAUAGUGGAAGUCACAUGGUUAGGGACGACAUCAAAGCACAGAAAAUGAUGGAUUUGUACCAGAUCACGGCCGACAUGGAUCGAAACAAGACCUUCUACAAAAUGCAAAAGUUCACCGCAGACGGUCUUUUUCUCGCUGUACACUGGGCUGCUCUCCGUGCAAAUCCGGAAAUUUACGCAUACCGGUUCGACGUGCCUUCACCGUUUGAGUGCGAUUUCAAGGACCAGCCUCAUCAUUCUCUGGACAACGUCUUCAUCUGGGGCUUGCUCAAGGAGUUGCUGCCCCCCCACCAAUAA